ACAGAACUGUCAUUUCUGUCAAAUGUCAAGCGCAUGUGUUUUUUGCGUGGAAUAUCGCCGAGUUAUUUUCAACAAAAGCAACACAAACUACGUAAAUUUAUUGAUUGAAAAACGUUGAAAACCACCCGAAAAUGAGUACGAUUCUAGAAAAAAUCUCGGCCAUCGAGUCGGAAAUGGCUCGUACCCAAAAGAAUAAAGCAACAGCUGGACAUUUGGGGUUGCUGAAGGCGCGUCUGGCUAAACUCAGGCGCGAGUUAAUUACCCCCAAAGGGGGCGGCGGAGGUGCAGGGGAGGGUUUUGAUGUUGCCAAAACUGGGGAUGCUAGAGUUGGUUUUGUGGGUUUUCCAUCAGUGGGGAAAAGUACCCUGUUGAGUAAUUUGGCUGGUGUGUACUCCGAGGUUGCCUCAUAUGAGUUUACAACAUUGACGACUGUCCCUGGUUGUAUUAAAUAUAAGGGAGCUAAAAUACAGUUACUGGACUUGCCUGGGAUCAUUGAGGGCGCCAAAGACGGUAAAGGUAGGGGUCGGCAGGUAAUCGCCGUGGCGAGAACCUGCAGCCUCAUAUUUUUAUGCCUGGACGUGCUGAAACCUCUGGUGCACAAAAAACUCAUCGAACACGAAUUGGAAGGUUUCGGCUUGAGGUUGAACAAGCAACCGCCCAACAUCUACUUCAAGAAAAAAGACAAAGGCGGCGUGAAUCUGAAUUGCAUGGUCACGCAGUCGGAAUUGGACUUGGAUACCGUUAAAUCCAUUUUAUCCGAGUACAAGAUCCACAACGCUGACGUCACGCUGAAAUAUGACGCUACAAGCGACGAUCUCAUCGAUGUUAUUGAAGGAAAUCGUGUCUAUGUUCCCUGCAUUUACAUUUUGAACAAAAUUGAUCAAAUCAGCAUUGAAGAAUUGGAUGUAAUUUAUAAAAUACCGCAUUGUGUACCGAUUUCCGCUCAUCACAAAUGGAAUUUCGAUGACCUAUUGGAAAAAAUGUGGGAAUACCUGAAAUUAGUUAGAAUCUACACAAAACCAAAAGGACAACUGCCUGAUUACAACUCUCCCAUUGUACUGCAUUCAGAACACACCAAUCUUGAAGAUUUCUGUAACAAACUCCAUCGAACUAUUGCUAAGGAAUUCAAAUAUGCUCUUGUAUGGGGGUCGUCAGUGAAACAUCAGCCCCAAAAAGUAGGAUUGGAACAUGUUUUAGCCGAUGAAGACGUCGUCCAAAUUGUGAAAAAAGUGUGAAACUCAACAUAAAAAACAUGACACUAAAUUUGAAACACCAACCGUUAAUAUGUUGAUUAAUUUUAAGAAUAAACCAUGUAAACUUAC